AUGGAGAAAUUUAAAGUCAUUUAUCUGAGAAGUUGUAAGGAGAUUGAAGGGGGUGUGACUGAGGAGAAAAAUAUUCGUCAAAAGGUGGACAACAAGGGUGAGCUAGUGGUACGAGAAAUUGAAAAAGAGGAGAAAGUAGCCAAGAAAAGUAUUAAUGAGAAACUGCCAAUGAAGAAAGAUAACCUUCUUAUGUAUCAACCUCCAUUACCAUAUCCUCAAAGAUUCCUUAUGAAGAAACUUGAUGAGCUAUUUUCCAAGUUUUUAGAGAUAUUCAAGAAGAUUAACAUCAACAUUCCAUUUGUUGAUGCUCUUGAGCAAAUGCCUAAUUAUGUUAAGAUUAUGAAGGAGGUUUUGUUAAAGAAAAGAAAGUUUGAGGAUUAUAAGACUUUGAAGGUUACAAAGGAAUGUAGAGCGAUACUUCAGAAAAAAGUUGCCACAAAAGCCAAAAAAUCCAGUAUUAAUUUGACGACGUUAUCAGUUUUUAAGAAUUUGGUUCUUGGGGUAGUAAGGCCUACAACCAUUACUUUACAACUUGUUGAUCGAUCUUUUACAUAUCCACGUGGAGUUAUAGAAGAUGUCUUAGUUAAAGUGGAUAAGUUUGUAUUUCCUGUGAAUUUUUUUGUAUUGGAUAUGGAGGAGGAUCAUGAGAUUCCAUUGAUUCUUGGUCGCCCUUUAUUAGCAACUGGUGGAGCCCUUAUUUAUGUAUAA